AUGAAGACGACCAGCAUGCUUUCACGGCGACGCAGCACCGGAAAGACCUACAUCAUCGUGGCAAUCGCUCUGACGAUAUUCCUCCGCGUUCUCCAUUUGUACUUCUUCUCUUCCACGGACAACCCGAAACAUCUUCCAGCCUCCUCAGACCACAUGAACACGAUCUACCAAGAAGAGAUCAACCAAGAGGUCGACAACAUCUGCUCCGCCCUCGACUCGCUCUACAACCUCUACGGCCGCCGUCCCACGUCCUUCCAAGAUCCCUUCACGUUCCUCAAGCUCGACCCCCGCGCGCCGCCCUUCCACCCGCCCGAGUUGUCGGCGCACCCCGGCGCGGCAAACCACGCCGAGGCGCACAGGGCGGUGACGCUCGCCAUCGCGCGGAUGAGGAACUCCGUCUGGGCGAGGCACGCCAGCGGAGACCCCCGGGCGGCCGUCGUGCUGGACGUGACGUUCGACAUUGCUCACGCUCUCGAGGACGACGCGACGCGGAUCCGGUAUCUCGUGGACGUGGAGCCCAAGUUCAGCAAGAUGGCGAGAUAUCCGGACGGGAAGUGGCGCGUUGCAAAUGAGUUCUGUGGGGAGUUCUGGCGCCGGGUGGGAUGGCGGUGA